AUGAAUUCUCAGAAAAGUAAAGCAAUUAUCCAACUUAUUUUUGUAAUGUUGCAGAUAGUAAGUUUUCUUAAGAAAAUCGUGAAUAUGUAUAUGUUAUUGUUUGCCCGUAUUGACAAUUGCUGGCUUUACAGGGAGUAA